UCUUUCGCAGCCUUGACUCCAGCUCAGUCAGUAGCUCAAACGACUUCAGAUAUAACGGUGCCAAAAAUUUCGGAAAAGAUGUUCAUCUAUCUUCUGCUAGCUGUUUUGCUAGCAGCCUUUUGGUGGGUCCGAAACUGCUACAAUUAUUGGAAUCACCGAAAUGUUCCACACGCAGCUCCGAGUUUCCCGUUCGGAAAUCUGGGAGAACUGAAGCAGAAGCCACUCUUUCUCCUGUUAACGGAAUAUUACAAUCGCUUCAAGGGUCCAGGAAUAAAAUUUGUAGGAUUAUAUUUCUUCCUGAGACCUGUUGUCGUGAUGGCAGAUCUUGAUUGGGCGAAAAAUGUGCUGGUACGGGACUUUCAGCACUUCCAUGACCGAGGAGUUUACAACAAUGAAAAGGCGGAACCCCUGGAGGCUCAUUUGAUCACCCUUGAAGGGACGCGGUGGAAAGAUGUGCGCAGCAAACUUACGCCAGCGUUCACUUCCGGAAAAAUGAAGCUGAUGUUUGCAACGAUAACAGCAGUCGCUGAGCAAUUUCGAAAGCAGAUAAUGCUGGAAUUGGAAAAAGGAGAUGAAGUUGAAAUGAAGGAUUUCUUAGCAAGAUUUACAACCGAUGUUAUAGGAAGCUGUGCUUUCGGACUGGAAUGUAACAGUUUGGAGGAUCCGAAAGCCAUGUUCAGAGAAAUGGGACGACUUUCUAUGGAACAAACUCCUAAGAAAACUUUCCUUCGUAAUUUCACCAAUACGUUUAGAAGCUUGUCCAAAUUUCUGGGGCUUAAAGUUACAAACCAGCAGGUGGAAGAUUUUUUCUUCGAUGCAGUCAGGAAAACCAUCAAUUAUCGAAAGACAAACGAUAUCAGACGCGAUGAUUUCCUAGAUACUUUGAUCAGGAUGCAGAAAGACGAAACUUCAAUGGGAGAUGCUGAUCUAGGUGGGUGGCAAUUCUACGAAAUUGUUGCUCAAUGUUUCGUAUUUUUCCUAGCUGGUUUCGAAACAUCAUCCACGGCAAUGUCCUUCUUCUUAUACGAAAUGGCUCGAAAUCAAGACGUACAAGAAAAAGCUCGAAAUAACAUCAACCAGGUUCUUGCCAGCCAUGGAUCAUUCACCUAUGAAGCUGUACAUGAGAUGAAAUAUCUCGAAAAUUGUAUUCACGAAACCAUGCGUUUAUAUCCGCCGGCGCCAUUUUCCAACCGAAUAGUUACAAAAGAUUAUUUCGUGCCAGAAAUGAAUGUAACACUGGAAAAGGGAACCCGAGUUCUGCUACCGAUUCAUGCCUUUCAUAACGAUCCAACAUACUUCCCUGAACCGGAACGCUUUGAUCCGGAUCGGUUUACCUCGGAAAAAAUGGCCUCAUGGCAUCCCCUUCAAUUCAUCCCAUUCGGUUACGGUCCGCGCAAUUGCAUCGGCAUGAGAUUUGGACUGAUGCAAACUCGUGUGGGACUGGCGAGUUUAUUGAAAAACUUCCGCUUUUCGGUGUCCCCGAAAACUCCCAAUCCGAUACAGUUUGACCCCAAAAAUAAUCUUACCGGAUUCUUGGGAGGAAUGUGGCUGAAAAUUGAGAAGAGCUCAAUGGUACUAAUUGAACUAGUCGGGUGUGUUAUUUUAGCCGCAUUUUUGCGAUGGUGGAUAAGGAAACGUUUUGAGUAUUGGAAGGAUCGCCAGGUGGCUUAUAUCGAACCGGAAUUUCCGUAUGGCAAUUUUAGGACCUUGGGAAAGGUAGAACAUAUUGCGCCAAUUACGAGACGUCACUAUGAUUAUUUUAAAACAAAAGGGGCUCCUUACGGGGGAGUUUUUAUGCUGAUGACGCCCCUGUUGUAUAUUUUCGAUGUCAAAUUGAUAAAAACGCUGUUGGUGAAGGAUUUCAACUAUUUUCCUAAUCGAGGCGUUUACUUCAACGAGAAGGAUGAUCCACUUUCUGCGCACUUGUUCGCAAUUGAGGGACAGAAGUGGAAAACGUUGAGGAACAAACUAUCGCCUACGUUCACGAGUGGACGCAUUAAAAUGACAUUUCCUUUGGUGGUGGGAGUAUGUCAGCAGUUUUGCGAUCAUCUCGGCGAGUUGGUACAAAGUACGGCUGAAGUCGAAAUGCACGAUCUACUGUCGCGUUAUACGAUCGACGUCAUCGGAACGUGUGCAUUCGGAUUAGAAUGUAACAGUUUUCGCGACCCAGACAACGAGUUUCGUCGCUACGGUAAGAUUGCCUUCGAUAAACUGCCACAUUCGCCGCUGGUCGUUUACCUUAUGAAGGCCUUCCGCAAAUACGCAAAUGCCCUAGGAAUGAAGCAGCUCAACGAUGACGUAUCGGCAUUUUUCACCAAAGUCACCAAAGAAACGAUUGAUUAUCGAGAAAAUAACGCCGUUUCUCGAAACGAUUUCAUCGACCUUUUGCUGAAACUAAAGAACACGGGCCGCUUGGAAGAGUCUGGAGAAGAGAUAGGAAAGUUGUCUUUCCAAGAAAUAGCGGCUCAGGCAUUUAUCUUCUUCACUGCCGGUUAUGAUACUUCGUCGACAGCAAUGACCUACACUCUCUACGAGCUGGCCCUCAAUCAGGAGGCUCAAGAGAGAGCACGCAAAUGCGUACUAGACAUCUACGCCGCCAACAACGGGUGUCUCACUUAUGAAGCCGUCUCGAAUAUGGGUUAUCUCGACCAGUGUAUAAAUGAAACUCUUCGCAAACAUCCUCCGGUAGCUAUCUUGGAACGGAAUGCUGAUAAAGAUUACCGGUUACCGAACUCGGACCUAGUCAUCCACAAGGGGCGAAAAAUAAUGAUCCCAAUCUAUGCCAUGCAUCACGAUCCGGAUCAUUUCCCAAACCCGGAUCAGUACGAGCCGGAUAGAUUUUCAGCGGAGCAAGUUGCCCGAAGGGAUCCGUACUGUUAUCUGCCAUUCGGAGAGGGACCUCGGAUCUGUAUCGGAAUGCGUUUUGGACAGAUUCAGGCUCGGGUCGGUUUAGCUAGUUUGCUGAGGCAGUAUCGGUUUAGCAUCUGCGAUCGAACUCAGAUUCCGGUGCAGUAUUCCAGGACCAAUUUCAUCCUCGGACCGGCUAAUGGAGUUUGGCUGAAGGUAGAAAGGUUGUAAACACCCAUUUAUAAUUUUCAUUUCGAAUCUAUAGUGUUAUCGGAAAAUGUAGUAGAUAAAAUUUUUUAAAUACCUA